AUGUCGAAACUGCGUCAGCUCAUACGAGGCGCUCAUACCAUAGCCAGGACAAUCAAUCUCGCGGAGCCUUGCUCAAGGCCCCAAAAGCUCGUCAGUGCCGACGUGUCGAAACCUUGUCCGCACGCCGAGGCACUACCCACGAGCUGCCAACCCACCCGAGCUGUUCCCGUGCGGAUCUGUAAGAGAAAAGACCUUGAAAGAGCCUGUCAGCCAAAGUUCUGCGAUUGCCCGCAAAAGGCACCACCGAAAACGCUGAAGCAGGUAGUGUGCAGCUGGAUGGUGCUUGGGGCUAAAGGGGCGCUAGCCGCCGGCCUUGUGUAUUGGACGGUCGCUCAGGGAAUUUGGGGUGACAGCCACGACUCUGAAGAGUUUUAUUUCAGGAUACGCGAUAGUAUCGCCACUAAUCCUCAACUAGGCGAGCCUACAAUGCCAAGCUUACAAUUUAUGAAGUUCAAAAUACUGGAUUGUUACAAUCACGUAGUUCUGACUAUCAUAGGAGGACUAGCUGGUGGAACCUUAAAAAUGAGCAAGGCUAUGUAUGACUUGUUGUAUCCUCCAUGUGAACCAGAAGAGGAGGACGACAAGAAGAAGAAAAAAAAGAAAUAA